UCUCCUACGUGUUUCUUAGCGUCCCGCGGUGCUGUGCGACACGAAGCUCCAGGCAAGCAGCAGCCCCGCGCCUCGGCAGACCCAGAGCCGCCCGCCCUCAGCGCAGCACCGCGAAAACAGCCAAGAAGAAUGAAACCGACUCAUGCUACUGGCUUCUGCAUUGAAUUUAUUGAAGUGAUCUGAAAACCACAGGGGGCCGCAAAACGCCCCGACGGCCGUUCCCGAAGGACCAGCUCGCAACACCCACAACGCUCCCAUCUCGGACAGAAACACGGCGCAGACGCGGGACAGGCAGCGCAAGGCGCACGCGUGCCCCCGGGAGGGCGAGGGGAAGCUGUGCGCUUGCCCUGCGCCUGCGUGCUUGGCCGUGACGCCGGGCUCCGCGCUCGGCUCAUGCGCGCUGCCCGACUGUCACCGCCGUCCCGAGGGGCGGGCUGCCGCAGGCGGUGAGCGGCUCUGCGGUCCCCGGCGCCGUGCUGUUGAAUUAUGAAGGCAUAUUGAGGUGCCAAUCAGCCAUGGAGGAAACGGAUAGGGAAGCGGUUGCAACAGCUGUUCAGAGGGUGGCUGGAAUGCUUCAGCGUCCUGAUCAGCUGGAUAAAGUGGAGCAGUAUCGCAGGAGGGAAGCUCGUAAGAAGGCUUCAGUGGAAGCUCGACUCAAGGCAGCAAUCCAGUCACAGCUAGAUGGAGUACGAACGGGUUUAAGUCAACUGCACAAUGCACUGAAUGAUGUAAAGGACAUUCAGCAGUCUUUGAUAGAUGUCAAUAAAGACUGGAGACAGAGCAUCAACGCCAUUGAAAACCUCAAGGACGUUAAGGAUGCUGUAGUGCAACAUAGCCAGCUGGCAGCUGCUGUAGAAAAUCUCAAGAACAUAUUUUCAGUUCCAGAGAUAGUGAGGGAGACCCAAGAUCUGAUUGAGCGAGGGGAACUUCUGCAGGCGCAUCGAAAACUGAUGGAUUUGGAGUGUUCUCGUGAUAACCUGAUGUAUGAGCAGUAUCGCAUGGACAGCAAAAACACACAUGACAUGAACCUCAUCCAUACGUACUUUGGGGAAAUGCAGAAACUUUCUGAGGAGUUGGCCAAGCAGUUGUGGAUGGUGGUUCAGAGAUUUCUUGUUACAGUCCGUCGAGAUCCAACCUUGCUUGUUUCUGUUGUUAGAAUAAUUGAAAGGGAGGAGAAAAUUGAUAGGCGCAUGUUAGACCGGAAAAAACAAACUGGGUUCAUACCUCCUGGCAGGCCAAAGAAAUGGAAGGAAAAUAUGUUCAACAUUUUGGAAAGAACUGUGAGCAUACGAAUUGAAGGCACUCAAGCAGAUAGUAGAGGAUCUGACAAAAUGUGGCUUGUGCGUCAUCUAGAAAUCAUACGUAAAUACGUCCUUGAUGACCUUCUGGUGGCUAAAACCCUACUGGAUCAAUGCUUUCCCCCACACUAUGACAUUUUCAAAAGAUUGCUAAGCAUGUACCAUCAGGCUUUGUCUACCCGCAUGCAAGAGCUUGCUGCAGAGGAUCUGGAAGCAAAUGAGAUUGUUAGCCUUCUAACUUGGGUUUUAAAUACUUACAAAAGUACAGAGAUGAUGGGGAAUUCAGAGCUGUCUCCUGAAGUGGAUGCAAAUUCUCUGAAUCUUCUGCUUUCACAAAAUGUGGUAGAUCAGCUUCUCAGCAAGUACAUGUCAACACUUACUUCUAACAUCAUUGGCUGGCUAAGGAAAGCACUGGAGACAGAUAAAAAAGACUGGGUAAAAGAAACUGAGCCGGAAGCAGAUCAAGAUGGGUACUAUCAGACUACACUCCCAGCUAUUGUUUUUCAGAUGUUUGAGCAGAAUCUUCAGGUAGCUGCUCAGAUAAGUGAAGAUUUGAAAACAAAGGUACUCCUUCUAUGCCUUCAACAAAUGAAUUCAUUUCUAACCAGAUACAAAGAUGAAGCACAGUUUUAUAAAGAAGAACAUCUUAAAAAUCGCCAGUAUCCUCAAUGUUAUGUUCAGUACAUGAUUGCAGUCAUCAACAACUGUCAAACUUUUAAAGAAUCUAUUAUCAGUCUGAAAAGAAAAUACUUGAAAGUUGAAAUGGAAGAGACAUUAUCAAGCAGUCAUGCAAGCAUGGAUGUGAUUUUAGACAUCAUUGCCAAAGAAGGAUGCUCUAGCCUGCUAGAUGAAGUCUUCAUGGAUUUAGAGCCCCAUCUGAAUGAGCUGAUGACAAAGAAGUGGUUGUUGGGGUCUAAUGCUGUGGGAACUAUUUGUGUCACUGUAGAGGAUUAUUUUAAUGACUUUGCAAAAAUAAAAAAGCCUUAUAAAAAGACAAUGACUAUGGAGGCACAUCGAAGGGUGGUUGUGGAGUACAUCAGGGCAAUCAUGUUAAAACGUAUCUCUUUCAAGAAUGCAGAAGAGAGAAAAGAGGGCGCAGAAAAAAUGAUCAAAGAAGCCGAACAGUUCAGAUUUCUGUUUAGGAAGCUUGCAUCUGGAUCUGGAGAGGACACUGAAGGGCUUUGUGAUAUCAUUAAAGCCAUUGCAGAGGUUAUCAAACUAACUGACCCUUCCCUGCUCUAUCUGGAAGUUUCAACUUUAGUCAGUAAAUACCCAGAUAUCAGGGAUGACCACAUUGCAGCUUUGCUGUCGGUGAGAGGAGAUGCCAGCAGAGAUAUGAAGCAGACGAUCAUUGAGACUUUGGAUCAAGGGCCAAGCCAACCCAAUCCAAACUACAUGCCAAUUUUUAAAGAAAUUACAGUUCCUACUCUAAAUGUGGCAAAACUUCUUAAGUAAGGGACAGCUCUGUUCAUGUGUUGUUACUGGCAUGGGAUUGACAGGUGUGAAAUAGUGAAAUAUUUGAGGGCGAGUUUGGCAGUGCUGUUUCAAGUAACGUUCAGUGCACACUAGGUAUGUUUCUUUCUCAAGGUCGGGAUAUGGGAUAUAAUCACAUUUCUGCAGGUGCUGAUACUGUUCUCAGCAAAUACAUUUCUAGUCGUGAAAUAUGGCAUUGCAAACGUAUAAAGAUACUUACACUGAAAAUAACACAGCUGUGGCAGUGCUGGGUGUGUAUUGCUCUUCCAGAGCCCCGUCCCAUGGCACAGCAUUGGGUGUACAUUAAUGUCACCGUUCACUCCUACCUUAUGCUUGGUGUAUGUAAUUACUUUGGUGUAAAAUAGUUUGUGGCAAAAACCUCGUUAUGGAGCCAGCUUCCUGGCCGCGGGACCGCAGAGGGAAUCAAUAAACAGCUGAGAAGGGCGUGAGGUACAAAAUGUCGUCGUUGUGGAUUCCCUAAAAAGAGCACACGAAGCACCACUUGUUCAAUAAAACGCUAAACCACGGCCACCUUCUGCUGUGUGUUCUGUUUUGGCUAAGGGGAGAACGAACUUCACAUUUAAAAGCUCAUUUUAACACAGGAGGGACCGGGCCCGCGCCGCCCUAGGCCGCACCGGCUUCUCGUCA